AUGGGGCUGCUGUCGGACCAGUGCCGGCGGGCCCUGGCCUGGCUAGUGCUGCGGCUCAACACGCCCCUCUGUGUGCUGAGCUACCUGGGGCUGUGCUGGUUCUUGCUGCUGCCCCUGGCCCCCUGCACGUACCUGUCGGAGAACGCCAUGGGCUCCACCAUGGUGGAGGAGGGCUCCGACCUGCCGCCGCGCCUGGCGCUCGCCCGCGACUUCGGGGGGCACCGCAAGAGAGCGGGGGGGCUGCCGGUGGCGUGGCUGGAGCAGACGAUGUGGUCGCUGGGGCUGGAGGUGCACCGGCAGCCCUUCUCCAGGACUCUGCCCUUCCCCGACGAGGCUCACGAGAGAUACCUGGUGCGGGGCACCAACGUGUACAGGAUCCUGCGCGCCCGCGCCGCCAGCACCGAGGCCUGGUGCUGCUCAGUGCCCUCCGAGGGCACCAAGAACAACCAGGCCGUGGGGCUGCUGCUCGCCCUGGCUGGGUACUUCAGAGGCCAGAUCUACUGGGCCAAGGACAUCAUUUUCCUGGUGACUGAGCACGACCUGGUGGGCACCGAGGCCUGGCUGGAGGCCUACCACGAUGUGAACCUGACUGCUGUGCAGUCGGGGGGCACCCCGGGCCGGGCAGGGGCCAUCCAGGCCGCGGUGGCCCUGGAGCUGAGCACGGACGUGGUGACCAGCGUGGACGUGGCCGUGGAGGGGCUGAACGGGCAGCUGCCCAACCUGGACCUGCUCAACCUCUUCCACUCCUUCUGCCAGAAGAACGGGCUGCUCUGCACCCUGCAGGGCAAGCUGCCCCCGGAGGGUCCCUCAGGGCCGGGGUACGGGCAGAGCCUGCAGACCCUGGGGCUGAUGGUGCUGGGCCAGGCUGGGAGGCCUGGGGGCCACGGGCUCUUCCUGCGCUUCCAGUGGAGGCCUGACCUGCGCGGGAUCAACAGCUUCAGGCAGCACAAGUUCGACCUGGGGGCGCUGGGCAGGACCCUGGAGGGAAUGUUCCGGAAGCUGAACAACCUUCUGGAGCGGCUGCACCAGUCCUACUUCCUGUACCUGCUGCCCUCCCUGGCCCGCUUCGUCUCCAUCGGCUCCUACAUGCCCGCCCUGGGGCUCAUCCUGCUCGUGCUGGUGCUCAGGGCCCUGGACCUGUGGAUGCGGCUGAGCCGGAGCGAGGGAGGGGCUGAGGGGGGGGAACCCCCCCCCGGGGAGGCACGGGGGGGGCUGCUGUCGCUGGUGCCCCCCGUGGCGGUGUCGGGGGGCGCGGGGGCCGCCCUGUACCUGCUGCCGGUGCGGGGGCAGCGCGUGGCCACCCAGCACUUCCCCGUGGGCGAGGCCGAGGCCGUGGUGCUGGCCCUGAUCGGCAUCUACGUGGCUGGGAUGGCCCUGCCCCACUCCACGCACCGAGCCCUGUCCGGGGGGGGCCAGCGGGGCUGGAUGUCCCUCAAGCUGCUGGCCCUGCUGGCCCUGGCCCUGCUGCUCACCUGCCUGGCCCUGCUCAACUUCUCCCUGGGCUUCCUGCUGGGGGUCACCCUCGUGCCCCCCGCGGCCGCCGUCACGCCCUCGGGGCACAGGCUGCCCCAGGCCGUGCUGCUGGUGCUGACGUCGCCGGGGGUGUCCCUGUUCCUGGCGGUGCUGCUGGAGCGGGAGCUGCUGGAGGCGCCGGCGGGGCUGGGGGAGGCCUGGCAGCGCUUCCUGGGGGUCCUGGGCCAGGGGCUGCUGCAGGACCACCUGCACGGGGCCUUCCUGAGCCCCCUGCUCGCCCUGGGGGCCUAUCCCUGCUGGCUGCUGCUCUGGAACGUGCUCUUCUGGAAGUGAGGGGCGCGGGGUGGACACAAGGACAGAUCCAUGCAUGGAUGUAUGGACACACGGACAGACAGACCCACGGACACAGGGACAGACCCACGGACACAUGGACAGACCCACAAAUGGAUGGACAGACCCACGGAUGGAUGGAC